CGUACAACAUUUUCACUAAGGAAAAAGUUGUUUCAAAUCACCUCCCGAACCACCUCUUUCAAGGUGUUACAACAUUUUUAGCACACUCUGUACACAAAAAAACUGUACCAAACUAUACUAAAUUGAUCGGAGCAGCCAUUCUUGUUUUCUGGACGCUGGCCGUUAGCAACGACGCUCCGAUUUCGAGGGAUGAAAAUUUCUCUGGAUUUCUCGUUAUCCACACAAAUCUUACUUUAAUCAGUGCCAAAGGAAUCAAAACUCAAAAUUGAUACUAACUAACUAACAUCCCCACUAAAUAAUAAAAAAAGACGAAAAAGCAUCCAUAAACAUGCGACCAGAUUCGCGUAGCGUCUCGUUCACGUUCCACCGUGACGUUUUAAGUGUCAAAAAUUCACCAGAGAUAACUAAAGAUUCGAAAAAUUUGAGACGACGCCUCCAAGACCGUUUCGAGAAGGAGAAGUCCAGCGACACGUUCAAAGAGAAACCAUGCAAGGACAAGCACAGCGACAGAAGCUGGAACAAUAUAUCUCUUGUGAACAUGUCAGCAGAUUCUAGACGUGCUCUGCGAAGCGGAGCUGAGAAACUAUCAAAGACUAUAUCAUCGGUACGCACAACAUUUGGGACCAUCUCGCAGAAAUUUAGAAACUCUACGCGCAGGCGCCAGAGACUGGAGGAGCAGCACUCACCGAACAACAUGUGCACAAUGCAGACACCUCAAACACGUUCCCGCCAGCUCCUAGGACGAACACCUACCAAACUUUAUAGCCCUUUCGGCAUAGAAUCACCCAGACACGCGUGGGAUAAAGAGAAUAAGAAAGUCUCGUCGCACUCUUCGGGGAUCAAUACACGGUAUAUCCAUUGCAGCCCCUUCCGUUUCACAAGGAAAGGAUUCUCCAUGUUGAGAUAAAGCCUUUUUUUCUUUCUCUUAAGAUGUACUCGAUGAUCUCUUAACUUCCUAGCAACGCAUUCAAGAUUGCGUGCCUUGUGCAACUUACGAUUGACUUAUUUAUUGGAAAGUUCGUUUAGGUAGCGAUUCUCAUACGAUUAUUGUAACGCUUACCGACAAUAUCGAGUAGCUUCACAUGUAAAUGCCAUGUCUAAUGUAUUUAUACAAUUUUAUACGUAUUUAUAUCAGUAAUUAUCGAAUGCAAUAUCAAAUAAAGAAGCGAGACGAGGAAGUUGGCAGAAGAAAUGAAAUAUUUCCGAAACAUUUAACACUGGCAACUUGAGACAAAUAUUAUUUUCGUUAGUAAUUUUCAUUGGGUUGCAGGGAUUGUUUAAAGUCAAAUGAAACGUGAUUGGAGAAGUGGGAGCAGAACUGAAAUUAAUACUGGUAUUUUUCAGGCUUUUGUUACGUGCUACACAGUCGUGUUGAGUUUGCUUUUCGAUGACUUUGGAUCAUGAUUUAGCACUAAAUGUACCAGAUACUUAUUCUCGUCAUGAGAGGUCCUUUGACUCCUUGUGAGAGAUACACGAUGAUUUCUAGAAAGAAAUUCUUAACUUAUUCAAGAAAGUUUACUGUUAAAAGGGACUCCUUAUGCUCCGACUCUUAAUAUAGGACUGUACUUCUAUUUGGUUUAGGUAUAGAGAACUCAUUCCCAGGAUCAGAGAUGGGCAAAACCCUAGGCUUCGAAUAAAUCUGAAGUUUGUUUGGGUUCUUAUUUUGAACAUUUUCCAAAGAAGGAAACGAGACAAACAAAUCGACAAACUUCAGAUUUGUUCGAAGCCUAGGGUUUUGCCCAGAAGUAUUAGUUGUAAAUCUAUGAUAAGGACUUCGUAAGAGGUCAUUUGAUUCCGCUUGGUACAUUUAGCGUUAAUAUAGCCACAGUACUUCUGUUCUUCCGAUAGACAUUGGGAAUGCAGAAAUAAAUUUUACGAGUUCAAUGUACGCACUGAAGUAACACGAGCAAACUAUGCAUACGAGUCAGAUUCCUUUGUUGUUUGAUAGCAAUAUCUUUCUUCCCUUUGAAUUACUCGUCUUCUUCGCGACAAAUUGAUAUUUUUAACAGUAUUUUAAUAAUUAAGGGCAACGCAACAUGUAUAGAUAUUUAAGUAACAAUAAAAAUGAAAUUUUCUACCAAACUGAUGACG